CUACGGCCCAAACUCGCAUAUCCACACCAAAGCUACCUUUAGAAGAAAACCCUAGAUCCUUUUAAUUUUUUCCUCUUCCAUAUAUACCCCUAUAAAUACCGUAAAAUCUCAAUCCUCCUCCCCCACCCACCUUCUCUGCUUUUCAUUUCUCCACUCUCUUCUGAUACACUCGUUUUCGAAGCUAGCUACCAGCCGCCACCAUGUCUGACGAGGAGCAUCAUUUUGAGUCCAAGGCCGACGCUGGAGCUUCGAAAACUUAUCCUCAGCAAGCUGGUACUAUCCGCAAAAACGGUUAUAUCGUCAUCAAGAACCGUCCUUGCAAGGUUGUUGAGGUCUCAACCUCCAAGACUGGCAAGCAUGGUCAUGCUAAAUGUCACUUUGUUGGCAUUGAUAUCUUCAACGCCAAGAAGCUUGAAGAUAUUGUCCCUUCUUCUCACAACUGUGAUGUUCCCCAUGUUACCCGUACUGAUUACCAGCUGAUUGAUAUAUCUGAGGAUGGAUUUGUGAGUCUGCUGACUGAGAAUGGUAACACCAAGGACGACCUGAGGCUUCCAACCGAUGAAAGUCUGCUGACUCAGAUCAAGGAUGGAUUUUCCGAGGGGAAAGAUUUGGUUGUGACUGUGAUGUCUUCCAUGGGAGAGGAGCAGAUCUGUGCUCUUAAGGACAUUGGCCCCAAGUAAAUGUUCUUUACUCGGUGUCUGUGUUGCUUGUCCAUUGUUGACUACUGAUAAUUGUAGUUUAGCAGUGCGUUUAAUGUGGGUUUGAGAACUCGGCCUGUUUCAGGAAACAUUUUACAUGAGAUGUGGCCGCCACCUAUAAAGAUUUGUCCUUAAGUAGACUUUUUUAUUAUUUAUUUUAUAUUUCUGCACUUCUUGGUGUGGAGAAGUUACAUCUGCCAGCAAGACUAUACACUUCUUAGCACCUUUGGAUGUUUCAAACUAUUUUACAUUUUCGUUUUCUCGUGUAUUCCAGGUUUUUAAUAUUUUUGUUGUUCAUGGAGAAGCGUGUGUAAGAUAUCUUCUGAUGAUUCUUUUUAUGGAAAGUGUAUUUGGUAGUAGAAAAUAAUUGAUGUUUCGGUUUGUGUAA